AUGCCUAAAGCCAGUGCUACCAAGAUCUUUUCCCUUUCAAUCCUCUCCUUCCUCACUACCGCUUCUGCCUACACCACCGCAGGUUGCUAUAGCAGUGCCGGCCAGCUAACCUCGGCGGGCACAUAUCAAUUCCAAUCCGAGGGCUACUGCCAGCAAAUCUGCACGAAGCAAAACAAGCCCGUCUUUGCCCUCCACAAUGGCGACGAAUGCUACUGCGGCGACUCCCUGCCUCCUUCAACAGCGAAGGUCUCUUCCACCCAAUGCCAGACCCCUUGCUCGGGAUUCCCUUCUGAAACUUGCGGCGGCGCCAAUGCAUGGCUAACCAACAACUCCACCACUGUCUCGGAGUCCACCAGCGACGACAAACUUGUCACAGAACUGAAACGUGAAUCCACCGAUAACGUCGAGAACGGCAUCGUGAUUGCCCCAGAGUCCGAUGACUCCGACUCGUCCUCGGGAUCCUCCAACUCCUCCCCUGAUACCAUGAAAGUCAACCCUACCAUGGUGGAGACCGGUAUCCCCAUCGCCAGCUCCGCUGCAGACGGAGGUGCAGCCAAGUCUACUGUCCCGAGCGUAAUCCUUACCGCACCGUCCAUGACGGGCGUCACUGUCCCUGCUACUGGUGCUGCUGCGGCCUCGUCGAUGGUUGUUGCUGCCUCGUCUGCUUCUGCGUCUGCAACCGCUACUGCGUCCGGAGCGGCGAGCAGUGGCUCGGCUGCCGCGAGCCCAUCAACUAGUGCAGGUGCUGCUGCUGCUGCUGCUGUCGCCGGUGCUCCUGCUAGUGGGAUGAUCGGGGGUGUGGUUAUGGCGGCAGUUGUUGCGCUCGGACUGUAG